AUUUAUAAGCAUAAUAUGAUGGCAGCUGCGGGUCAUCACAACUACACGUUGAGGGAUAAUCAUAUCGCCGAUCUUGGAACCAGACAGUACAUACGAGAAAUGGUGAAACUGAUACCAAGUCGUAAGCGGCGUGUAUCGAAAGAGGCGAUGGUCGGGGCAAUGUUACACGACCCCCGCCGCGUUCCAGCGCAGAUGGAUUGGCGCGAGGCCGGAUUCAAGACGCGAGCGGAAAAUCAAAAAGACUGCGGAAGUUGUUACGCGUAUUCGAUAGCUGGCAGUAUUCAGGGGCAAAUCUUUAAACAAACUGGCACGUUGAUUCCGUUGAGCGAACAACAGCUGAUCGACUGCAGUACGUCUACCGGGAAUUUAGGUUGUUCCGGAGGCUCUCUAAGAAACACGCUGAGGUAUCUCGAGAAGGCAAACGGGUUAAUGGCUCGGAUUCAUUAUCCGUCGAAAGGAAAACAAGGGCCGUGCCACUUCCAAAGGGACUUGAGCGUAGUGAACAUUACUUCGUGGGCAGUUUUACCAGCACGCGACGAGAAAGCUUUGGAGGUUGCCGUAGCGACGAUAGGUCCCAUAGCUGCUUCGAUAAACGCCAGUCCGAAAACGUUCCAACUUUAUCACAAAGGGGUCUACGACGACGAACUCUGUAGCUCGGACAUGGUGAAUCAUGCUAUGCUGAUCGUUGGAUACACGCCCACCGAAUGGAUUUUGAAGAACUGGUGGGGUGACGGAUGGGGUGAAAACGGAUACAUGCGUUUGGCUAGAAACAAAAACCGAUGUGGCAUAGCUAAUUACGCGGCGUAUGCAAAAGUUUAA